AUGAGUGAGAUCUCUGUGGAGGAUGAUGUUGAUUGUUCAGAAUUUUCUAAAAGCGAACCUAAGCCUGUGAAAGUCUUAAUUCCUGAAAAUUCAGUUGUGUUUGCUCGUAUUUCUGAAAUAAUUCUAAGAUUUAAAAAGAAAAGGCUUUUGUUUUCCAAAGAACUAACGUCCCUGGUAGAAGACGACAACGUUGAUAAGUGCGACGAAUAUUUUUGGUCAAUCCCCAUUGAUAAUGUAGAUGAAACCAAAGGUCUCUCAGAAAUGACCUCUUGGAGAACAAAGGGAAGAUAUGUAGCAGAACCGCUGAACAAGGUCAACUCAAGCUACGAGAAAGGGCGUCCGAGUGGAACCAAGAAUGUUCCAAAUUAUACAUCAUUCGAACAGGCUGAAACUCCUGUCAAAAAUGAGUUUGUGUUUGACCCAAUUAAAUGGCAGCGGAAGCAAAUGAACGAGGACUUACUUGACCUAUCAAAGAUGUUCAAUGCAGUUAAAUCGCUUGUUCGAGUGCCUUCUGUAGACCCCAAAUAUAAAAUUGCUCUUCUUGCUUCUAAGCAGGACCAUUGUCUUGUUGAUCUACUGCAUGCUUGGCAAGAUGGAAAACUUCCGGUUCAGAUAAGCUCUGUAAUCAGCAAUCAUGAUAAGGUGGGGAAUACCCAUGUGAUGCGGUUCCUUGAAAGACAUGAGAUUCCAUAUCAUUAUCUGUCCAAGUCAAAGGAGAAGAAUGUAGAAGAUGAGAUAUUGGGGUUGGUUGAAGAUACAGAUUUCUUGGUCCUUGCUAGAUACAUGCAGGUGUUGUCUGGAAACUUUUUGAAAAGAUAUGGGAAGGAUGUGAUCAACAUACAUCAUGGCUUAUUGCCAUCAUUCAAGGGAGGAAAUCCAUCUAGGCAGGCUUUUGAAGCUGGGGUCAAAUUGAUUGGUGCCACAACCCAUUUUGUCACGGGGGAGCUUGAUGGGGGCCCAAUCAUUGAGCAGAUGGUUGAGAGAGUCUCGCACAAGGAUAAUUUGCUGAGUUUUAUUCAGAAAUCUGAGAAUCUUGAAAAACAAUGCCUUAUGAAGGCAAUCAAGUCAUAUUGUGAGUUACGCGUUCUACCUUAUCAACACAACAGGACUGUUGUAUUUUGAGUAAGCUCAAAAUGAUGCUGAUCAAAACUACAGAGUCCAUUAUAUUCCUUGUGUUGCAAAGUUUUUGUAUUUCAUUUUAAUUAUUCAUUCUAAUUUAAGUUGUUCUUGUUCCAAUCCAAUAAUAAGAUAAAUUAAGAGUCAUUGUGUGUUCAUAAUACUAAGAUAUAUGUGCAUUCUCAGUUCUCCUUAAAUUCAUUGUUGUUGGAGUUU